CUGUGAAUACUUUGGUCAAGUUUUCUCACUAUGUUGACUUUGACUUCAAUUCUGAAACGUGAUUAACGUUAAUAAUGGAAGCCAAAGAGUCUACAGUUAAAAUAUGAGCGCUGAUCGGCAUCCACUUCCGUAUUAUGCCUCGCGCGGGUUUGGCCGCCAUGAUGGGGAGCAGAAUCCAGAAACUAUGCAUUUAAAGAUAUGUCCUCGGCACACCGCUCAGCUGUUAAUUGUUUUAAUGAACGGCCCAAACGCAGUGGCGGAGCUACGGAAUGGCCAGGAGUGGCCGUGGCCAACCACCCCACUGGCCAUCUAGACAAUUCAGGUUUCAACUUAUUGCCGCCCCUAUUCCUUUCGAGCAAAUCCAGGCAGCCAACAACUUUGGCAUCAUGCACUUGCGUCUUUUGACACUUUUCAUGCUUUUCCUCGCCGUCGCUCAAUUGUUUUGUGAGGACAACCUGAGAGAAGACGACGACUUGUGGACAACAAACGACCACGUUCAGCACGGCUGGCCUUCCAGCGACCCAUUCAGAGAAAUCCUUCUGAGGAUGACAAGAAAGCCACGGCCACACCAGUUUGUUGGCCUGAUGGGCAGGCGCUCAAUGGCCAAUUCACAGAUUCCCCGCAAAAGGUGUCCUGAAAGCCUGGACACAAAAAUGCAUAUUAUACAACUAUGUGUGUGUACAUAUACACAGUAUAUACGGUACAGUGGUGUGAAAAAGUGUUUGCCCCCUUCCUGAUUUCCUAUUUUUUUGCAUGUUUGUCACAAUUGAAUGUUUCAGAUCAUCAAACAAAUUUAAAUAUUAGUCAAUGACAACACAACUGAGCACAAA